UUUAUUAUGAAAUGUGACGCAGUAAUUCCGCGCGCUUUACCGUCAGUCCCUCACUGAAUCAGUCACACGAGCUUGGCGGGAGUCGCUAAAGUUUAGAAAUUCCCUCUCACAUUUCAUUCUGAUUUGAUAGUUUAUGAAUUGAAUUUCAUUGAGAGGUGGUUGGUUUAGUCUCCAGACGUCAUGCCGUCCGCCAUGGGCUCCAGCAGUCCAGCUGCAGUUCUUCAGGAGGCUUUGGAAAACUCCAGCCGUUUGAUUGACAGACAUCUGCAAGAGGAUCGUUGUUUUCCAGACCUGUCAGAGCUGCUCAAUGUCCCAUCACACAAUAUGCCAUCACUCUCAGGCAUGUCUGAUAUGGAUUAUCCGCUACAGGGCUCGGGUCUGAUCAGUGUGCCCAGCCUUCCAGAACUCAGCACCAUCCGAAGGGUUCCUUUGCCCCCGGAGCUCGUGGAGCAGUUUGGUCAUAUGCAGUGCAAUUGCAUGAUGGGAGUUUUCCCAGAGAUUUCCAGGGCGUGGCUCACCAUUGAUAAUGACAUAUUUAUGUGGAAUUAUGAGGAUGGGAGUGAUGUGGCGUAUUUUGACGGCCUCAGCGAAACUAUACUCUCAGUUGGACUGGUCAAACCAAAGCCAGGUAUUUUCCAGCCUCACAUUCACUACCUGUUAGUGUUGGCCACACCAGUGGAUGUUGUGAUUCUGGGACUGAGCUUUCCAAAGGCCCAGACAGGUUUAAAUGACAGCAUGUCCGGCGCAAUGCAGCUCCUCCCGGAUCCUCUGUACUCCAUCCCCACAGAUAACACAUACCUGCUAGCCAUCACCUCCACUGAGCAGGGCCGAAUCUUCAUGGCCGGGAAGGAUGGUUGUCUUUAUGAAAUAGCCUAUCAGGCGGAAGCGGGCUGGUUUAGUCAACGCUGCAGGAAGAUCAAUCACUCCAAGAGCACGCUGUCUUUCCUCAUUCCAUCUCUACUGCAGUUCUCCUUCUCUGAGGAUGAUCCAGUUGUUCAAAUUGCUGUAGACAACUCAAGGAAUGUGUUAUACACUCGGUCAGAGAAGGGAGUUCUUCAGGUGUAUGAUCUCGGAGCUGAUGGGCAGGGAAUGAGUCGAGUCGGCGCUAUGUCUCAGAGCUCAAUCGUCUCUGCGGCCGGAAACAUCGCCAGGACGAUUGAUCGCUCUGUGUUCAAACCCAUCGUUCAGAUCGCAGUAAUUGAUCGCUCAGAGUCAUCAGACUGUCAUCUGUUAGCUGUCACUCAUGCUGGUGUGCGUCUUUACUUUAGCACCACCCCUUUUGCGCCGCCCAAUGCUAAACACAUCCUUGCCCGGCCCAGUUUCCUGGCGCUGGUUCACGUGCGCCUGCCGCCCGGAUUCUCUGCUUCCUCGACCCUCCAGAAACCUGCUAAAAUACACAAAGCUCUUUAUAAUAAAGGUGUUCUGCUGAUGGCUGCAUCUGAGACUGAAGAUAAUGAUGUUUUGUGGUGUAUAAAUCACGAUUCAUUUCCUUUCAAAAAGCCCCUCAUGGAAGCCCAGAUGACGGUAAAUGUGGAUGGUCACUCGUGGGCGCUCUGUUCUGUGGAGGAAACAACAUCAUCAAAGGUCAUCACUCCUCUGAAUAAAGAUCUCGUUCCUGUCACAGAUUCUCCGCUAGUUGUUCAACAGCACAAUGUCUCUCCACAGAAAUUUGUUCUCCUGUCUGCUCAGGGAAGUCACAUCUUUCAUAAACUGAGACCCGUUGAUCAGUUACGCCACCUGCUGGUGAGCAGUGUCGGAGGAGAGAGUGAAGACAUCGAGAGGUUCUUUAAGCUGCACAGAGAGGAGCAGGCGUGUGCUACGGCACUAAUCUUAGCGUGUUCUACUGCAGCGUGUGACCGAGAGGUGUCCGUGUGGGCCACUCGAGCUUUCUUCAGGUAUGGUGGUGAGGCUCAGAUGCGUUUCCCAUCUGCUGUUUCAGCUCCCAGUAAUGUUGGUCCUCUCUUCGGCUCUCCUGUACCAGGAUCCCCAAUGCCCAAUACAAUCGGCAGCCCAAUGCCAAACCCCAGUUUUCUUGCUACACCUGCCCCAGGUGUUUUCCCACCAACCGUGUCGACUCCGUACAUCCCAUUUACACCCGGAAACUACAGCGGAGCUCCGCCCAUCACUGCUGUGUCCUCCGGUCCAGAGGUCAUCUUCUCUGGAAAACACAAUGGCAUUAGUAUUUAUUUCACUCGCAUACUGGGGAACAUCUGGGAUGGCAGUCUUGCAAUGGAGCGGGUCAUAAACAACGGCAAUCAGACAGUCACAAUUUUGGAGAGCACAGCCGGUUCUUCUGAUCUGGAGGUCGUUUUAAUGCAGCUUCAAGGUCUGAAGGAAUUCCUGGACAAAAAUUCCCAGUUCAAUCCAUCUUCUCUGGGUGGUUCCGGUUUCAGCUCACCGGCAAACCUGCAGCAAAGACUUCUGGGAUUUAUGCGUCCAGACGGCUCCAACUCUCAGCAAGUCCAGCAGGAACUACAGAGGAAAUAUCACACGGAGGCACAAGCGUAUGAGAAAGCAUCUCUUCAGGCCAUACAGCAGUUGGUUCAUCGCUCCUGUCAGACAUUAGCGCUCUGGAAACUUUUGUGUGACCAUCAGUUUAGUCUGAUCAUUGCUGAGAUGCCCAAGGAGUUUCAGGAGCAGAUCAAGGCUGUGAGUUUUAAAGAUGUGGUUGUUUCUGGACGUGAGCUGACCGGUGCAUUCAUUACAGCCCUCAUUAAUGUUUACAUCAAAGACAACGCAUCUGUAGAUACAGUCAGUGGUCACCUGAGAGAAACCUGCCCUUUACUGUACAGCAGUGAAGACUCCACCUGCUCUAAGGCCAAUGAGCUUCUGCAGAGCUCCAGACAGAUUCAGAAUAAGUUUGAGAAAGAGAGAACACUCAGAGAAUCUCUGCGUCUCUAUCAGCAGAUCAGCUCUCACACGGAUCUGCCGCUGGUCUGCUCACAAUACAGACAAGUGCGCUUCUACGAGGGAGUCGUUGAACUGUGUCUGACGGCCGCAGAUAAAAAAGACCCACAGAAACUGGGGCCGCACUUCUACAGGAACGGAGAACCGGAGGAGGACGUUACCGGCCAACAGGCCUUCCAGGAGAGACUCUUGUGUUAUAAAUGCAUCACAGACACCAUGCAAGAGCUGGUGAAUCAGAGUAAAGCCGCCCCUCAGUCGCCCAGCGUCCCCAAACAGCCCGGGCCACCUGUCAUGACCUCUGACCCCAACAUGUUAAGCAAUGAGGAUGCUGCAGCCCACUUUGAGCAGAUGCUGGAUCUUGCUCAAAGAUCUCAAGAUGAACUCUUUCACAUCGCUCUUUAUAACUGGCUCAUUCAGGCCGACCUUACGGACAAACUCUUGGAGGUGAAUUCUCCUUACCUCGAGGAUCAUCUGAUGCACAUGAUCAAACAGGAUCAGAGUAAAGUGCGUAACAUGGACCUUCUGUGGAGAUACUACGAGAAGAACAGAAACUUUGGGAAGGCAUCACACGUGUUGGCGCGCCUGGCGGACAUGCACAGUACAGAGAUCUCUCUGAAGCAGCGUCUGGAGUACAUCUCCAGAGCCAUCCUCUCUGCCAAGAGCUCCUCCGGUAUGUCUUCACUGGGAGCUGAUGGAGAGUUCCUCCAUGAACUUGAAGAGAAGAUGGAGGUGGUGCGUAUUCAGGUGCAGAUCCAGGAGACGUUACGCAAGCAGUAUUCCCAGCAUCCAUCAGUACAGGGGGCUAUCACACAGCUUGACUCUGAACUCAUGGACAUCACAAAGUUGUAUGGAGAGUUUGCGGAUCAUUUCCGUUUGUCCGAGUGUAAACUGGCUAUAAUUCACUGCGCUGGACAUUCAGACACCAUACUGAUCCACUCGCUGUGGCAGGAGGUCAUUGAGAAGGAGUUGAACGACAGCGUUGUCAUGAGCCCAGCGGACCGGAUGAGAGCUCUUAGUCUAAAGCUUGUGUCGUUGGGAAAAUUAUACGCCGGGACACCACGAUACUUUCCAUUAGAUUUCCUGGUGAAGUUUCUGGAACAGGAGGUGUGCAAGUUAAACUGGGAUGUGGGCUUUGUGACCUUCACCAUGCAGGAGAUUGGAGUUACGCUUCCACGACUGCUUGAGGUUUAUGACCAACUCUUUAAGACCCGGGACCCGUGUUGGCAGCGUGUAAAGAAACCUCUUCACCUGGUGGAGUGCAUUUAUGUGCUUCUGUCAGGAUAUGUGGAAGACCCCAGCCGUGUGCCCACUUAUGACAGACGAAGGUUUACUAACACGUGUCUGGAUGAUAUCUGUGGAUAUCUGGUGGAGCUUCAGUCCUUGAGUCCAAACGCCGCUCUGCAGGAAAUUAUAGGCAAAUUCAAAUCUCUACAGGCCAAACUGGAUAAGCUGCAUUGAUGAUGAUGGUGAUGAAGAUUAUUGACUUGAAUCUUCUGAUCUGGAGCUUGUUGGACACAUGAAACUAAAUGAAGAGAGAUUUACAGCAGUCACUCGUCUGCAUUAUAUUUAUCCUGUUCCUGUCUCCGUACAAUGUUCAGUUUACUCACUCGUGGAAACUGACGGCCACAAUAAACAGCCCAGAUGUGUCCAUCAUUGGUUUGCAGAUGUUUUCUGGUCCUGAUACACUGUUUUAUUUCAUUUCCUUAUUUGGAAAUCUUGCAGGAGUGAUUUGUGGCUGUGCUGUCUGUUUGUAUUAUGAAGCUCUUAUUUCAGAGAUUUCUAUUGCUGGACCGCUGACAGUGACGUUUGUGUUGGAUGUUUAAAAGCAUUUUUCAUGUCCAAAGUUUGGAUAAAUCAUGAGGGUGAAGUGAGUCAAACAAACCAAUGUUUUUUCAAUUGGAAAAUUAAGCGUCUGGUUUGUACUUGUCAACAGAUUUAGCAGUCGACUGUUUUAUCGAAACUAUUUUAUGAAAGUCUGAUUCUUUAUCAACAACCCUCUCGUUUUGUGUAAUAAAGUCACAUUGCAAAUGAUUUGAAAGUAACAAUAAAACAAGGUUUGUUUUUUAAGAA